AUGGCAUUCGCAUUCACGACAAGCGACUUCGCACUUCAGGAAGAUACCUUGCUAGUAGCGUGGGUUCGUAAGGAUGAAGAUAUUUGGGUCCAGUCACGGAUUGACUUGAACGAGCACAUCGGUAGCUACAACGGCGAGUUUGAUGUCGCUUCUUCAGGUUGGUUUGGAUGGUCCAGACCAGGGUCUUCCCAUUUACAAGGAACCGUCUUAUUUGCUCAACUUAUGCGACCGGACGGAUCGUGGGGGCCUAGAACGUCGAUAGAUUUAAAUCUCUUUAUCAAAAACGACAAUGGCACAUUGAAAUUUCAGAAACUACACGAAUCGAUUACGGUAUCUUCGGCAUGCCUGAACCUUAACAAUUCUACCCUCCAAGGCCUAUGCUUUGGCUACGAUGGAAAACUUCAUUACACCGAUAUAAAUCUAGAUGAGCACUACGGGAAUAUCGAAGGUAGAAUUGAAUCUGGAAGUAGUCACCUCUUCAAAACUGGGGAUGAAUUUCAAUUAUGCCCGUCGCCUUCGGAAGUACGGCUACGGGGUCAUUUGCGCUGUCAUCCUCGGUGGCGGCCGAGGUCGAGACGGCUCUCCAAUCAUACCACCUGGAAUAACAACGACAUUAACCUUGCCCAUUCCAUUGUAAACAGAGAUGGCCAGUUCGAAUUUACCAGGCGAACUCAAAAAAUCGACACAAAAUCUGAGACAGCGGAUCUGUUAAAAGAUUCUCCAAGGGUAGGAUAUAUUCCGGGAGGUGCUGAGCUAGUUCCAGGGAAUGAGGACCAAGUUGCAGAAGCGAUAGCGGAAUGUACCAGCUCCUCGAUAACGGCUAUCGGUAUUCUCGUUGGAGCAGCGGUCGGAACUAUCAUCGGAAAUACAAUGAUCGGACUUGCAAUAGGCACUGGAAUGACGGCUCCGGGAGGGAUAUCACCGGAAAUUGAGAGCUUAGUGACAUGUAUCAACGACCCAUUGAUUCUGGUCCGCUCGUUAGAAGCUUCUAUAGGUCGAUAUAUCUAUAGAGUGUUACGCAACCUGCUGUCACCAAACGCUACCGAUUAUUUUGUAGCCUUUAUGACUGCCAGAAUGGAGCCAAAAAUUGAUGAAAUUGGGAAUGUGGUUUUGGAUUGCUUGGGCAUGGCAAAUAUGUCCAGAGGUGCUGGCAUCUCGCUAGAGACUGCAAUCAUGAAAGCUAUGGAUGCAUUAUGUAAACAGAAAAUCCCCGAGUGGUCUGAUCUGGAUAUCGCCCUCCAAAUGAUUCGCAGCCAGCAGCUAGAUUACUUUCAAGAGUACUCUUCAUUCUAA